AUGGUUGGCAGUACCGAAGACGUCUACUGCACGCUGAUUACGAGCGACUCGUAUGUUGCCGGCGCCGCCGUGCUGGCGCAUUCCCUGCGAGACAACGGCACUAAGAAGAAGCUGGCCGUACUUAUUACUCCUGACACCCUACGAUCUGCUACGAUUGCGGAGUUGAAGUCGUUGUAUGACUAUAUUAUCCCCGUGGAGCGCAUCACGUCACCCAACCUUGCUAACCUCCACCUUAUGGGCCGCGGCGACCUGCGCGAUGCCUUCACCAAAAUCAACCUCUGGCGCCAGACCCAAUUCCGCAAGAUCGUCUACCUUGACGCAGACACUGUCGCCCUCCGCGCUCCCGAUGAGCUCUUUGACCUCGAGGCAUCCUUUGCCGGUGCGCCCGAUGUUGGCUGGCCCGAUGCUUUCAACACUGGUGUUAUGGUCGUCUCGCCGCACAUGGGAGACUACUGGGCUCUGAAGACACUGGCUGCUACGGGCGACAGCUUCGAUGGUGCCGACCAAGGUCUUCUGAACCAGUACUUUGAGCACAAGAGCUGGCACCGUCUGAGCUUCGUCUACAACUGCACUCCAAGUGCAAACUACCAGUACGAGCCCGCCUACCGCUACCACAAGUCCAGAAUUGCCGUCGUCCACUUCAUUGGAAAGAACAAGCCGUGGACCGCCGCCAGAUCGCAGAAUGCCACUCCAGGAGCAUACAACGAGCUUCUCUAUCGUUGGUGGGCAGUCUAUGACAGACACUUCAAGGAGCCUGUUGCCGAGUACACAUCAGGUCGCUAUUCGCCUGCAUCAUCUCCCAUCACCCAACCGGAAGCGCCUCACCUUACUGCUGAAGCCGGUCUUGCUGAGGACAGGGAGUUUGGAGAAGAGCUGGCCCAAGGUCGUGCUGAACCCACGCCCACUGUAGAACAAAGAAGAUUCUCAGCACCACAAGCAGAGUGGGAUGCUACUCGCGCAGAGCCACCUUCCGGUGCGAGACCUGAGGCUGCCAACUUCCCUACUACGACUUACGCCUUUAACCAAGACAAGGACUUCUUCCGUCCUCCCAAGACCUACCCUGAACCGCCCAAGGAUAUGUGGUACGAAGUGCCCAAGACAAAGCCAAACCCGCCCUCUGCAAAGCCUAAGCCCGUGUUCCCUUGGGAAGAAAGACAGACAGCUGCUCCUACCAGAAGAUUCAUCGAAGAUCUCGACUCUCCUGACGCGACUCCCCAGCCCGGAGUCGUCAUUCCAUCUGCCGAUUACACAUCUAGCGUCAACAGUCCGGCGACUCCCAUCAUCAAGGUCACCACUGACGACCCCUGGCAGAACUGGGCCUCGGGCGGUAAGAACGCGUGGGAUGAUGUCAAGGGUAUCGACAGUUAUAUCCGCAAGCUCAACGAGGCCAACGCGAGAGGUCGUAAGCCCUCGGUUCAAGUGCAACCUCCUGCGACAACUACGCAGUUUGAGCGUAGAGAGAGUCUGAUCCUUACCGACUUCCCCUCCGAGGUAGACCGUCCUAGCCUUCCAGUCACCCCAGCACCCGUCCGCAGAACAAACUUCUGGGCGGGUGAACGAAACAACAAUGGUCAACUGCCAUCUGCAGAAGGCGUUCCUGAGCAGGCGGACUGGGUACGUACUCGCCUCUGA